UGAGGACCCCAGAGCUGGAUGCAGUACUGCAGGUGGGGUCUCACCAGCACAGAGUAGAGGGGCAGAAUCACCUCCCUCAACCUCCUGGCCACGCUUCUUUUAAUGCGGCUGAGGAUACAGUUGGCUUCCUGCGCUGCAAGUGCACAUUGCUGGCUCAUGUCCCAUUUUUCAUCUACCAGUAUCCCUAAGUCCUUCUCCACAGGGCUGCUCUCUAUCCAUUCAUACCCUAGUUUGUAUUGAUAUUGAGGAUUGCCCUGACCCAGGUGAAAGACCUUGCAAUUGGCCUUGUUGAGCUUCAUGAGGUUCACGUGGGCCCAUUCCUCAAGCCAAUCACAGUCCCUCUGGAUGGCAUCCCUUCCUUCUAGCUUAUCAAGUGCACCAUUCAGCUUGGUGGUAUCUGUAAACUUAAUGAGGGUGCACUUAAUCCCACUAUGUUGUUGAUGAAACUAUUAUAUAGUAUCAGUCCCAGUACGGACCCUUGAGGGACACAGCUUGUUACUGGUUUCCACUUGGACAUUGAGCCAUUAACUGUAAUUCUUUAGACGCAACCAUCCAGCCAAUUCCUUAUCCGUCAAAUCCAUAUGUCUCCAAUUUAGCAGCAAGAAUUUUGUGGGGGACCAUAUCAAAGGUCUUGGAGAAGUCCAGGCAGAUGAACAGAAGUCCAUGUAGAUGAGUUUCAAGUGCUCUUGGACUGGAACUUAGGUUUUGUUUCUCUGAAUAGAAUCUAGGUUUUGUGCAUUGAAACUGCUCCAAAAACAGAACCAACAUGUAGUAAAUUGAGGAUGCAGUUCAGAAUUGCCAUAAUCUGAACCAGGUCAUGAAUGCAGAUGUAGCUGAAUAUGUUUCAAGAGCUGCAUACCUCUGUAAAAUGUUACUACUGUCUUCCUCCCCACCUCUGCCCCAAGUUUGGCUGAUACAGUUUUUUCCAGCUUUUUAAAAAAGACAUCAUUUCAUCGAGCCAUUCUUGCAAGAUGGCUUCACACGUGAAUGUAUUGGUGCAAAUGAGAGUAAGGAAUAAUUUUAUAGCAGUUUAGAGCAGGAAUGAGUGAGAAAGAAUGGGAACACCCUGAAUAGCCAUUAUAGUAAGAAGAAAUUGAACAUGAAACUGUAGAGUCUUGUAAACUUGGCCGUUAAAGAAUUGCAGAUAGGAACCUGAAGGAUGAAGAUGUAAGGGCAGUGAGGCAUGGAAACUCACCAGGAAUCAACUAAGGAAGUGUGAUACACCACCUCAGUUCAAGUACAUGAAAAACAGAUUUUACAGAUCCUUUGUAGAGGAUGUAAAGCGGAGGAGGUAACAUGGUUAAAAAAUGAGAUAGGAAGAAAAGUCACAAUAUAAAAUUAAGGUCUAUGAAGGUGUGUUACAGAAGACGUAAAAGCAAAAAAAAAAGGCAAGAAGAUUGUUAAAUGUUCUUGUGGUAUAUUUGUGGAAGGAGAAAUGCAACAAAUGUCAAUUAAGGGACGAUGUCUGAAGCCUUAAGAUACUAAAGAAAUACUCAAAUAGUCUUAAUGAGGUACUAGGAAGUCAUGGGUAAAAGUUUAAAACCAAAUGAGCCUAGCAAACUCAAGUUUUCAUGAGUGGCAGUUGAGCACUACUGGAAUUACAAGCACAUGUAACUUAAUGCACAUGCUACAUAUUUCUGGUAAGAGAUACAAUGUGCUCCCACUUGAAACCUUUGAGAAAAGAGAAGAACCUCAAAAUAUUUUGAGGUGUUAAGAUGCUACCAGGAUAUAAAUAAUCCGAGGCAGUAGACAUAAUAGUAUAGAAAAGUUUAAAGAGGGCGCUCAAGUGAAUUUUAACUUUAAGCACUGUGGUGACAUAUUUUGGUUUGUCAGUAUGGACACUCAUUCCUUCAAAGGUAAACUUCUUUAAUGGUUUAAAGAGGAGUGUGUUCUGUUCUGCUUCCUUUACCUCUUCCCCUCACUUCUUUGUUCCAACUCUUCUGUUUAUCCUCAAGCAUUACAGUGGGUAAAUUUCUGACUUGUCUUACAUGUCUGAGAAAUAGGACAUCCUUGACAGCUAAAAAGUCACACUGGAAAAUGAUCUUCCACUUGCUAAGGAAUGUACGUUGCUUGUUGCUGUAACAAGGUUCUUGGAACUUUAUCCCUAAAAUUAAUUUUAAAACUAUGCAGCAGAAUAUGUUGUUAAUAAAACCCUCUUGGGGAAAGAGAAGACUUUAGAAAAUAGUAUGAGGAAAGGGUGCCUUCUAUUUAAUGAAUGAUUAUGGACCAAGAUAAUGUUCCUUAAGAAUAAGGUGUGGGCAGCUGCUGAUGUCUAUAGCUUAAGGUUUUUGUUAUGUGAAGUUAUAGAAUUUAAAAUCAUCUUUCUUAUAUUUGUAAUAACACUCCAGGAAUACACUGAGUUACUGCAGUAAGACCUUGAAGGUUUUAGUAUUUUUAUUUAGUUACAGUAAAUGCUGUGUUUACUCUUUACUUAAAAGUAGUAGUACAAGUACUACCCAGUACAAUAAUAUUUAUGCAGGUGUUUACUAUUCAGUAAGUAACAGUGAAGUGCUGUUCUAGAUGCUGGGAAUAAAAAGCUUGAAAUGUAAGUCCCAAGUGCUGUGAUAGUAUGUGUCAGCUAUCCCAAAUACUAUUGAAAAUGUGUGUAAAUGUUUUUUAUAAUGGAAAGAUGUUCUUAUUCAGGUUUUAAUUCAUGCUUAUGUAAUGUAUCAUUCUUGACAUUCGUCAGAAGCUCAAUGUUCCUUAUUAUUUAUGAUAAUUAUUUAAAAUGAAAGCUUAAAUUCCAGAGAAGGGCCUAGAAAUCAAAUUUAAUUGGGGGAUUUUUUUCCCCAGAACUGUAUAUUCUGCUCCAAACCAAGAUAUAGAGCAUGUAAUUUGACAGAGCAUGUGAUCUUUCUAGACGUAUUUCUGUUGGAGACGGUUUUACUUAAGUUCUUGUUAUGUAAGUUACUCUGUAGCAUGUUAUGCUACAAAAGAUUGGGCAAAGAUGACUUCGUUCCAUAGUAGUCUAUUGUCCAAAAAUACAGAUGGAAGACUAGUGGUCUGGAACAUAGGGACAUAGAUUUGUGUACUGCCAGAACUUAAUGAAAUAUUAUUUUCUAGGUUCAUUGAUUUCUACUGAUGAAGACUUGGAACUCUCAUGACUUUGCCAGUUUGCACAUUAAGUGGUAUUCAUUGCAUUGAAAAGAUUCUUGGAUAUCCCAAUCAGCUUCCUUCCCUAGGAAUCAGAAGCAACCAGGUGUGGAUUCCUUGUCACCUGUAGCAUCACUUCCUAAACAGAUUUUCCAGCCUUCUGCCCAGCAGCAGCCUUCUAAACAGGUUAAAGUCACAUGUGCAAACUGCAAAAAGCCUUUACAAAAGGGACAGACUGCAUAUCAGCGAAAAGGAUCAGCUCACCUUUUUUGUUCUACUACCUGCCUCUCAUCAUUCUCACACAAACCCACUCCAAAGAAACUUUGUGUUAUGUGCAGAAAAGAUAUAACAACAAUGAAAGGUACCAUUGUUGCUCAAGUUGAUUCAAGUGAGUCUUUCCAGGAGUUUUGCAGUACAUCAUGUUUAUCCUUCUAUGAAGAUAAACAGAAUCCCUCAAAAGGAGUUUUGAAUAAAUCAAGAUGCACUAUCUGUGGUAAACUAACUGAGAUUCGUCAUGAAGUUAGCUUUAAAAAUAUGACUCAUAAGCUGUGCAGUGACCAUUGCUUCAAUAGAUACAGGAUGGCAAAUGGAUUAAUAAUGAAUUGCUGUGAGCAUUGUGGGGAGUAUUUGCCCAGUAAAGGAGCUGGAAACAAUAUUCUUACUAUUGAUGGUCAGCAGAAAAGAUUCUGCUGUCAGAACUGCGUUGGUGAAUACAAGCAGAAAUAUGGCAAAUUAACAUCUUGUACUGGCUGCAGAGCUCAGUGCAGGUUUUUUGACAUGACUCAGUGCAUAGGACCUAAUGGAUAUAUGGAGCCAUACUGCUCAACUGCAUGCAUGAACACACACAAAUCAAAAUAUGCAAAAUCACAAAGUAUGGGAAUUAUUUGCCACUUUUGUAAACGAAACUCUUUACCUCAAUAUCAAGCCACAAUGCCUGAUGGAAAACUGUACAACUUUUGCAGUUCCAGUUGUGUAGCUAAAUUUCAGACUCUCAGUGUGCAGUCUUCAACAAAUGGUCAGUUUGUCUCUCCCAGUGAUAUUCAGUUGAAAUGUAAUUAUUGCAAAAGUUCUUUUUGUUCAAAGCCAGAAGUACUGGAAUGGGAGAACAAAGUAUAUCAGUUCUGCAGCAGAGCAUGUUCUGAUGAUUAUAAGAAACUGCACUGCAUAGUUACAUACUGUGAAUACUGUCAAGAAGAGAAAACGCUGCAUGAGACGGUGAAUUUCUCUGGCAUCAAAAGACCCUUUUGUAGUGAAGGCUGCAAGCUGCUAUAUAAACAAGACUUUGCAAGACGGUUAGGACUGAGAUGUGUUACUUGUAAUUACUGCUCACAGCUGUGCAAAAAGGGAGCAACUAAGGAACUUGAUGGUGUAGUGAGAGAUUUCUGCAGUGAAGAGUGCUGUAAAAAAUUUCAGGACUGGUACUACAAGGCUGCACGAUGUGACUGUUGUAAGUCUCAAGGAACUCUCAAAGAGAAAGUGCAAUGGCGUGGUGAAAUGAAACACUUCUGUGACCAGCACUGUUUGCUCCGUUUCUACUGUCAACAAAACGAACCAAAUCUGGCAACCCAAAAAGGACCCGAGAACUUACACUAUGAUCAGGGCUGUCAAACCCCCCGAACAAAAAUAACAGGCUCAGCACCACCACCUUCUCCAACACCUAACAGAGAAAUGAAGAACAAGGCAGUUCUUUGCAAGCCUUUGACAAUGACGAAAGCCACAUACUGUAAACCUCAUAUGCAGACAAAAUCUUGUCAGACAGAAGAUGAUUGGAAAAAAGAGUAUGUCCCAGUGCCUAUUCCUGUACCUGUCUAUGUUCCGGUGCCUAUGAACAUGUAUAGUCAAAAUGUUCCUAUUCCUACAAUGGUUCCUGUUCCUGUGCCAGUUCCAGUUUUCUUGCCCACUACUCUGGAUAGCAGUGAGAAAAUCCUUGCAGCAAUAGAAGAGCUGAGGGGAAAAGUGCCCUCAAAUCCUCUGGAAACUGAGAUACUGAACUUGUCGGGGAUGGUACCUGAACAUGAUGGAAAAGCUGAAGUUUCUGAUGCGGCCAGUGUGAUAGUUGAGUCAAAUCUACUGAACUCAGAAACAGAGGCACGGACAAGCUUGCCUGAUGUUCCAUAUGAACCAGACCUUGAUAUUGAAAUAGACUUUCCAAGAGCAACUGAAGAGCUUGAUACAGAAAAUGAGUUUUUGUUACCUCCUGUUUUUGGGGAGGAAUACGAGGAACAGCCAAGGCCUCGGUCCAAAAAGAAGGGGGUGAAGAGGAAAGCGGUGUCAGAAUACCAGUCUCACGAUGACAGCUCUGAAAACUCAGAGUGUAGUUUUCCAUUCAAAUACGCGUAUGGUGUAAAUGCAUGGAAGCACUGGGUAAAGUCUCGGUAUUUAGAUGAAGAGCUUCCUGAAUUAGAGGAACUGAAAUCAACAAAGUCUGUGAAAUUAAAGGAAGAUCUAUUAUCACAUACUUCAGCUGAGUUAAACUAUGGGUUGACACAUUUUGUCAAUGAAAUUCGAAGGCCAAAUGGAGAGAACUAUGCACCUGACAGCAUCUAUUAUCUGUGUCUUGGGAUUCAGGAGUAUUUAUAUGGAAGUAAUCGAAAAGACAACAUAUUUAUUGAUCCAAUCUAUCAGACGUUUGAACAGGAAUUAAAUAAAAUCCUUAGAAGUUGGCAACCAAGCAUACUUCCAGAUGGAUCAAUAUUCUCUCGAGUUGAAGAAGAUUACCUUUGGAGGAUUAAACAGCUAGGAUCACAUUCACCGGUUGCUCUUCUGAAUACUCUGUUCUACUUUAACACUAAAUAUUUUGGCCUGAAAACAGUGGAGCAGCACUUAAGACUUUCUUUUGGCACUGUUUUUAGACAGUGGAAAAAAAAUCCUCUAACAAUGGAAAGCAAAGCUUGUCUUCGAUAUCAAGUGUCUUCCCUGUGCAGAGCUGAUAGUGAAGAUAAAAUUACUACUGGAAAAAGGAAACAUGAAGAUGAUGAACCAGUAUUUGAACAAAUUGAAAACACGUCUGAUCCAGCUAGAUGCCCUGUGAAAAUGUUUGAGUGCUAUCUGUCUAAAAGCCCACAGAAUCUGAAUCAGAGGACGGACAUGUUCUAUCUGCAACCAGAGUGCUCUGUCUCCGCGGAGAGUCCCAUCUGGUACACUGCCACUUCACUGGACCGCAGCACUUUGGAAAAUAUGCUCGUACGGGUUCUUUUAGUAAAAGAUAUUUAUGAUAAAGACAAUUAUGAACUGGAUGAAGACAUAGAUUAAAACAAACUUCCAAAAACCAUCAAGAAAACAAACAGCAUUAGAUAUAGUCAUGCUGCUAGACCUUUACUAUGGAAAACAUUUCAAGUUUACCCUUUGUUUUAUGAGUUUUGUAGCAGUGUGUACCCUCACCUGGGUAUUACCAUGUAAAUAGUCUGUGAGUGAAAGUUUCCAUUAUUCUGCGUAGUGGUUUUAGGAUCCAUAACAAACACAUUUCAGUUUCUUUUUUUUAUUAUUUAUUUGGUUAGGUAUGUUUGUAACUUUUUACAUUGCAAAAUAUGAAUGAGAAUGUGCCAUGUGUAAUUUUUUUUUUUCCCUUGUAGUAAGAGACAUCCAUAUUGCACAACUCUGCUGUUGGAAGCUCCCUUGAAAGGAGGCUCUCUUAAUGGGUUCUUAAACCGGAUGGUUGUGUAUGGGUAGCACUACUAAAGUUUAGAACUUGCUGUGUCUUUCAGACUUUUUAAAUAAAUUGUAAACUAAUAGGUUUUUUACUUUUUAGUUACUGAAGCCUUAUAAGGUUAUGUAGAGAGAUUCCAUCUUAUGUACCAAAAAUAGACAAAAGAGAAUGCUGUCAAUAUUGGUGUACUGUAAUGUGAAUCUAUUCUGGUGAAAACAUUUUUUUGUUGCCCUUAUUAAAACCUUAGUGUCCUUUCCUUA